AUGGUCCUUCGAGCCGGAUUUGAACCAGCGACCUAUGGAUUUGAAGGAUGCCAAAAAGAUGUUGAAGACACGUCGUACCAACUACAAGCUAGAAUUAACGAGUCAGCCGAGCCCGCCAUCGCACGUAGUUCCACCGAAACCAGAAAACGGGCCAACUUGCCAAAGAUCACCAUCCCGAUAUUCACAGGGGAAUACGAAUCCUGGUACUCAUUCCACGAUUUAUUUAAAAAUCUUAUCCACAACGACGCUACGUUAUCAAACACAGAGAAAAUGCAAUAUUUAAAAACACAUUUAAAAGGCAUAUCAGACAUUUUGUUACGUUGGAGAAAACAUGAAGUGGCAUUUAUGGCGGACCUGGAGAAGAUGUAUCGGUUCAUAAAAGUUCACGAGUCGGACUUGAAAUAUCAGAGAAUACUAUGGAGAUGGUCCACAAGUGACCCAAUCGAGGAGUAUGCUUUGACCACAGUAACAUAUGGAACAGCCUCGGCGCCAUACUUAGCUGUCAGAACCCUGCAGCAAUUAGCACGUGACGAACAAGAAAGCUAUCCGUUAGCAAGCAAAACAACACUACACGAUUUUUAUGUGGAUGACAUUUUAUCAGGAGCAGAUAGUAAAGAAAAAGCCAAGAUAUUACAAGACCAGUUGGUUAACAUGUUGAAUGCCGGAGGAUUUAACCUAAGGAAAUGGUCAUCGAAUAAGAUAGAGUUGUUAAAUAACAUCCCAGAAGGAAGUAAGGAAGACGACAUGAUAAAAUUACCACAACAUGAAACAAGAAAAUCACUAGGUGUGAUGUGGUCACCAGCAGAGGACAACUUUCACUUUCAAAUAAAAAUCGCUAAUACCGAAAAAUUAACAAAACGAUUCCUUUUAUCCGAAAUUUCCAAAAUAUUUGACCCAAUGGGAUGGUUGGCGCCGAUCAUAGUAGAAAUGAAGUUGCUAAUUCAAGAGUUAUGGACAAAUGGAAUAGAUUGGGACACACCCGUAGAUGAAGCCAUAAAAAAGAGAUGGGAAGAGUUUUAUACACAAAUCAAAACAAUUGAAACAAUUCGAAUACCCCGUUGGAUAAAACAUAAACACACGACCAUCGAGUUACACGGAUUUAGCGAUGCGUCAGAAAAAGCUUACGGAACGGUGAUAUACAGCCGAAUUAAGAUGAGCGGCCAGUACUAUAUUUCUCUAUUACAAGCGAAAUCCAAAGUGGCCCCAAAAAAGACUAAAAGCACACUGCCCCGACUAGAGCUUUGUGCAGCACAUCUAUUAUCCAAACUAAUAAUAAAAGUGAAGGACAGCCUAGAUUGCGAUAAAGUAACAAUCCAUUGUUAUACGGAUUCCAUGAUCACUAUCGGCUGGAUCAAAGGAGAAGCAGGGAAAUGGCAAACCUUUGUCGCGAACAGGGUAUCAGAGAUUCAGAGAAGUACACCGACCGAAUGUUGGAAUCAUGUGAAAACGACGGACAACCCAGCAGAUGUACUGUCAAGAGGAAUAGAACCACGCAAGCUAGAACAUCAUGAGUUAUGGUGGAAAGGGCCCAGCUGGUUGCAAACCGACGAGAUACCACAUACCAAAACCACAAUAGAAAAAUGCCAAGAAAUUGAAAAUAACCACGUUACGAUUACAGAAAACAAAAAAGAAAAGAAAAUAUGGGAAAGAUUUUCACGGUUCCAACGUAUGAUACGGGUUCUGUCGUUUUGCUACAGAAUAACACAAAAAGAACAAAAAGGAGAGAUGUUAACGUACGUUGAAAUACAACAAACAACAGGCAAAAUCCUUAAACUAGUACAACAAGAAGCCUUUGCUGAAGAAUAUGAAUCAUUAAAAAACAAUAAAGCGGUCACGAAGAAAAGUAAGCUGCGUUGUUUGGAUCCAUUCAUAGGAGACGAUGGGUUAAUAAGGGUGGGUGGACGACUACACCACUCACAGUUGCCAUACAAUCAAAAGCACCCAAUUAUUCUACCGCACCACCACCACGUCUCCAGAAUGCUAAUUGAUGAAGCACAUCUUCAAACGUUGCACGGUGGGAUCAGGUUGACAAUAGCAUUCUUAAGGCAGAAGUAUUGGAUUUUGGGAUUAAAAAGAAUGACAAAAGCCAACAUCCGCAACUGUGUCAGAUGUAUACGGUAUAAGGCGGCCACUGCAUCACAGAAGAUGGGACAGUUACCAGAACCGAGAGUAACUCCAUCCCAAACCUUCAGCCACACUGGUGUCGAUAUGGCAGGACCAAUACAAGUAAGGACUACGAAAGGCAGAGGGAAUAAGGCGACAAAAGGCUAUAUCGCAGUAUUUGUCUGCCUUGCAACAAAAGCCAUACACCUAGAACUGGUGGGAGACUUAUCCACAGAAUCAUUCAUCGCUGCAUUUAUCAGAUUUAAAGCAAGACGUGGCCACAUAUCACAUAUAUACAGCGACAACGGAAGAAAUUUCGUAGGUGCAGCACGAAUGCUACACACGCAAUUAUUAGAAAUCAUGCAAACGCCGCAUGUCCAAAAUGCCGUAACUAGUAUGGGAACACAAUGGCAUUUCAACCCACCCCUCGCACCUCACUUUGGUGGAAUUUGGGAGGCAGGGGUCAAAGCAAUGAAGCAUCAUUUGAAGAGAGUAAUAGGAGAGUCAACAUUAACAUACGAAGAGUUAUCCACGCUCUUGAGCCAGGUAGAGACAUGCCUGAACUCAAGACCCCUUUGCGCACAAAGUGAUGAUAUCAAUGACAACACCGUAUUAACACCAAGCCAUUUCCUCAUUGGAAGAGAGGCAGUGGGCAUCCCUGAUCCGAUAAAUGAUGUUAGCACAAACCUACAACAGCGAUGGAAAUUGAUUCAAAAAAUGAAAAAAGACUUCUGGAAAACAUGGAGUAGAGACUAUUUACAUCAGCUCCAGCAGAGGUAUAAGUGGCAAUUAGACCAAGGAAAUAUUAAAAAAGGAACCGUGGUUUUGAUAAAAGACGAAAACGUCACACCCAGUCAAUGGCCAUUAGCAAAGGUAAUAGAAACACACCCAGGAGCUGACGGGAAAACAAGAGUAUUAACAUUACAAAAAGCCCCUGGAAAUUGUUUAAAAAGGGCAGUCCAUAAAGUAAUUCCAUUACCCAACAACGAGGAAGAUAUGACAGAGACGCAACAGGUUGACGUCAACAGCAAUAUAGCACAACUAACACCAGUCAAUGCUACGUCAGAUCAAUCAAACAGAACUUUUACAAAAGAAUCACGAAGACGAAGCAACCAACGCACAGGUCCUGUUGCACAUUCGUUCCUGCACAACCAGCCAGCGGUCUGCUCCACUGUCCGUCGCCCCCGCCAGGUCGGCUCCACCGAAACCCAAGCGCCACAGAACAAACCCAACGGCCAACAACAGCAGCCAGUUCGAAGAAAUAGAGUUACGUCCGAUACAGCCGCUAUAGAGCAGCUUCCCAUCAUCCUCGCUGCCUUCGGGAGUCGCCAGGAUGUUUAA